GUGACUUUCGGUCUCGCCACUGCAUCCCGAUGAGCCGCCGCUUCCUCUCUGUCCUCGCUCUGCCCGUCGGGGCGGCAGCGGCCGCGGCCGCGGCGGGAUGCCAGCUCCUCUGCCAGGAAGCAGAGAUCCCAAGGGAGAAUAAGGCCACUGAGAAUGAGGCAACCAACAGCAGGCGGUGGCUGGGCCGCUGGCAGAAACGCCCCACAGGGGGUGGUAAGCCGUGCGACCUGACCGGCUGGUGGGAGAAUGAUCUGGGCUCCAAGAUGCACGUGCUCGAGGUCGACAGUGAGGGCAACUUCUCUGGCGAGUACCACACCGCCGUGUCAAGCACUGACAAACCCAUCCAGCCAUCCCCCCUUGUUGGUUCCCAGCACCUGGACAAGGAUGGGCAGUGCACCUUCGGCUUCACUGUCAACUGGAAGAAGUUUUCAGAUUCCACAGCUGUCUUCGUGGGCCAGUGCUUCUCUGGUGACAAUGGGAACGAGGUCCUGCAGACCUCUUGGCUGCUGCGGGAGAAGGUCGACUCCCUGCCCAGUGACUGGAAAGCCACCAGGACUGGCCACAACACCUUCAUUCGGACAGGCUGAAAGAAGGGAGAAGUCUCACUCUCACCAGGUUUGGCAGACCAGGAUCAGUGUGUACCAGCAGGAUCAGUGUGUACCAGCAUCCCCUGUUGUUAUCAGCUCUGGAGAAAAAUGUUUCAAAA